GCGAUCGAGCGAAACGGUAAUUAAUAAUUGUGCAAAUAUAUUUCGUUUCGUUAAAAGAGAAAAAUGGCGGGAAAGUUUGACGUUUAUAUAUUUUUUAAUUUGUUUUUAAUAGUUAUUGGACAUGAACUGAAACAAGUUUGUAUAUUAAGUAGGCAUAAUGUCCGUACACCGUUGACAGCUAAAUUGGAACAUUUCUCGCCGAAUGUUUGGCCGGAUUGGAAUCAAGAGCCUGGUUUGUUGACAGCGAAAGGUACAAGACUAGAAGAAUAUAUGGGUGAUUAUAUAUCGAAGUGGCUUAAAAAGGAAAAGUUGUUAGGUGAAAGCUGUCCAGAUAAGGAUUCCGUUCUUAUUUAUGCAAAUACGAGGCAAAGAACACGUCAAUCUGCAAAGGCGUUUGUACGAGGUGCGUUUAGUUCUUGCAAUAUAAAUGUUCACAGCAUUAACUCUGAAGAAAUGGAUCCUAUAUUUAAUCCGGUCUUUAGAAAUACAUCGGAUGUCUUAAAAAACGUUAUAGUUAAAGAAAUGCAGCAAAAACUAAACGAACUACAUCUCAAAGGAUCAUAUGAAGAAUUAGAAGGAAUUAUUGAUAUAAAAAAUUCUGAUGCUUGUAAAAUUAAUAAUAUAUGUAGUUUUGUUGAUAUGAAAGAUGUUAUUUAUUAUGAAAUCGGACAUGAACCUAACAUCAAAGGUCCAUUAGCUUAUGGGAAUUCUAUUGUAGAUUCAUUUUUAAUGAGUUACUAUGAAGGAAUGCCAUUAGAAAAAGUAGCCUGGGGUAGUAUCGAUAGUUCUGUCAAGUGGAAGUCACUCGCCGAAAUAACAAAGGCAAACCAAAACGUUCGCUUCAAUAGUACAGUUUCAGCUAAAGAAAUAGCAAAACCGUUGACAAAUUACAUGAAAGCAUUAUUCGAAAAUAGAAACGCGCCAAAAUUCGCUCUAUUACACGGACAUGAUUCGAAUUUAAAUUCAGUAAUGGCGGCCAUUGGUUUUAAGCAGUAUGAGUUGCCAGAUCAAUAUGAAUUAACGCCAAUAGGCGGGAAAUUAGUUUUUCAAAAAUGGCACGACGAUGACUUGGAUUUAGAUUUGUUGAAAGUGCAUUAUGUUUAUCAAACUAUUAAACAAUUGCGAGAAGAAAUAAAACUAUCGAAUGAAAAUCCCCCUCGUUGGGUAGAAAUGGAAAUUGUGGGAUGUCCAAAGGACAAACAAGGAUAUUGUCUCUGGGAUGAUUUUAUGAAAAUAUUAAAGAUGAUUUAAUUUAAGUUGUAAUAUUAUAUAUAAAUAUUUUUUUUCCAUUAUUUCGAUAGUUGUGAUACUUUGAAAAAAAUUUAAUGGGCGUGUAAAAAGUGGCCACUUUUUUAUUAUUAAGUAUAAAUAAUAGUUGAUUUAUAUCAUUAGAUUCAAUUUUAUAACUAAAACCAAUAAAAUACAAUUGUAAGUUUAAAAUUAAGGACAGCUAGUUCUGUGCUAGUAAUUAUACCAAUGGGUUUUAAAUCCCUUUAAAGCAAUCUGAAAACUUUCAACCAUUUACCUAUAUAUGUUUAA